GAGGUGUUCUGCGGCGCGACCGCCUUACACCUGGCCGCAGCUGCCAACCAACUGCGGGCCAUGGAUGUGCUGCUAGAGGUCUUCGCCGUUGACGCCCUGGAUCAGCUGGGUCGCACGCCACUGAUGCACGCAACCUUCGCCAAAAGCGCCGAGGCAAUGGUGUGGUUGGUGCACCGCAAGGCGGCCCUGGAGACAGCAGACAGCCAGGGGCUCACGGCUCUCCACGUGGCCGCCGCCGCUGGCAGUGCGUCCCUCUGCGCGCUGCUGCUGUGGCUCGAGGCGCCCUUGGGAAAGCGAGACCUGCAGGGACGCACUGCAUUAGGCUGUGCUGUUGCAGCUGAUCACUUGGAAGUGGUGGAGCAAAUGGUGCUGGGACACCAUGCGGAAGGAUCCGAGCUGCUUGCGACGUCCGGAGCCGGCUCCGGCUGGGUGCGAAGGUGCUUGGAACACAAGGUGGGAUGUCAUGAGUUGCUGCCUUCCGAGAAGAUCUUUAGCAGCUGGGGUCCACCUGAGCCUUGGAGUUGUUGCCGGAAACGACCGGAACAAGUGCAGGCGCAUCCGCGCGAAGCCUGCGUCCUGUGCGGGCUCUUGGCUCUGAUUGCUGCGUGGAGCAUGUCCUUUUCGGGGGAUGCUGAUGACUGCCGACUUCUCUGCUUCAUAGCUUUCUCCUGCACUUUGAUAGGCAGCUGCUGCUUCUUCACCGCCGUCUGCCGCUCCCCCGGCGCCUGCCAGCUUAGCCGCGCCGAGUGGCGACGCGGCUACGAAGAAGCCCUGCGGCAUGCGGCAGCGAUUACGUGGACCUCGCCCGAGGAAGCCUUCAAUUGGUGGGGCACCAAGGGCACCGUGAUCCACGAGCUACAAAUGCUGGGCCCUGAGAGGUCCAAGUUCUGCACAGCGAGGCGGCAAUGUGUGCCGAUGUUUGACCACUACUGUGCUUUCCUGAGAAACUCCGUAGGACCAGGCAACUACGGGGCCUUCUUCGGCUGUGUCUCCUCCGCCUUCCUCUGCUGUGUCUCCUUGGUGCUGGCUGCAGCUCAACAGGGGCGGACAGGAAUUUUGUGCUUCUUCGCGAUGGUUGCGUUGCUUCUGGGAGCUGUGUUGCUCUUCCAUUUGGCACUUGCUGCCUUUGCUUUGACCACUUGGGAGAUGCUUCAGAUCAGCCGGGGGAGGCCCUUGCCUUAUCUACUGGAUGAGAAGGGUGAGUAUCGCAACCCCUACGACGCUGGGUGAGGGUCUUGAGCCCUUGGGGUUUGGAGAGACCGAGGAUUUCUGCGAAACCUGAAAGCCCGUGUCUUUGGUGAACUCCAAACGGGUCUGGAAGAUCUCAACGCGCUCUCCGUGUGAGAUGGC